CAUCUUUGUUUUCAUCGCGUUCGGUUGUGGGCAGCGGACAAUUUUUUGCUGCUCGCGAGGCCAGCAGAAAUUAAUUAAAAUGCAAUAAAAUGUGUUCCGAGCCAUUUGAGUAAUCUCGCAAGUUACAACAAUGCGCAACGCGCUAGAAUAUUAAUCAAAUUCGCUUAUCUGCGAAUUGCAGCAGCCCGUGUUUGCUGGGCGAAGCGAAAACGCGAGUGGAAAUUUCGAUUUUUGUAUUGUUUGUUGCCAUGCAUAAGACACUUGUGCAAAAUGGGAAUUAGCAGACACUAACGAAUAUUACUAAACAAAGACGCAGUGAUUGGGGCAAGAAAUAUAAAUAAAAUAUUUGUUUAUUUGAGCGUGCGGCGGUUUGCCAAAUUAAUCGCUCUCUUUCUGGCAUUUCCACUCUCUUCUUUACGCGCCUUUCAUUCAGUCACGCGUGUGUGUGCGAUUGUGCGUGUGUAUGAGCAAGUGACGUAAACAAAUGCACAAAAGCGAAUGAGUGCAAGAAUUUGAAAAAUGCGAUUGUCGGAUUCACGUGCCAAAAACAAAGUAACAACAAACGGGAGCAGCUGGCAGAGAACAACUCAGUCAGCAACAAAUUGACAUAACUUUAUUGUUUUCGGCCCUCUGUUUUGUGCACCGCAUUCGUUGCAUUUUCCCCAGCUCAGCUGUGCAAUUUCGCCUUGGUAUUGGUGAGCGCAACACGUUUGUGUUCGAGUGGGAGACAUAAAGAGAGACAGAGAGAGCGAGCUAACGUAAACUCCUCUGUCAGCGUCGCUGCUGCAGUCGGCGUCGGCAGCGUGCGUCAUUGAUGCGACAGUUCGUUACAGAUUGAAGCUGUCGAUUCCAGAAGCAAUUUUGUUACAUAUAAGAGGACGACCCACUGGGAGUGCAGUCAAUGUCUGAUUGCGAGUGGACAGUCUGCUGGAACUGGGUCUCUUCCGUCUUUAUAUGACUGAUAAUGGCCGUCUGCCCUGUCCGAAAGCACAAUUGCAACAACAGUGGGCCGCCACCACAAUGGCCAAGCAACAUGAGUAUUUGAAAAUUUGGAAACAUAUCAAGUGGCGAAAUGAAAAGUAAACAAAGCGAACUGAAUAUUAUAAAAACAAGAAAUUUAUGCGAUAGAACAUAUAGCAUACACGUAUUUAUAUAGUAAACUUGAUCAGCCAACUGGAGAAUAAACCACAUUCAAUAUUCAUGCAACGGAAUCGAAGUGCCAUAGUGAAUCGCGAGUGUUUGCCAUUCGUUCGCUCUGUUUAGUCAAUAUAGGUAUCCUACCACACAUAUCGCCAAUUAUACAGAUAUAAUACAAUAUAUAUAUAGAGAGAGAGAGAGUACCACCGAGGCGGAGCAACGACAAUAUGACAAUAUCGGGCGGCAAUCAACAUAAUAACAAUGCAAAUCGCAAAUAUGAAAAACUCAUUAAGCAGCCGCAGUUGCAAUUUGGCAGCUCCGUGACCGGCACCCAAACGGAUCUGCAUUCCAGCCGAGAUGCGGACGCGGAUGCGAAUGCUGUCGGCCAGGACUUUAGCAAUUUCAAUAAGCAUUUCGGCAAUGGUCAUGCCACCACGGAUCGCACAAUGCUGCUGCCUUUGGAGGACGAUGUCACCAACGCCGUCGGCAUUGUCACGUACAAGGGUAAAUCGAAUGGAAAUGGAAAUGGGAAUGGAAGUGGGAGCAACGGGAACAUCGGGAGUAUCAGUCUGGAUUUCAACGGCAGUCCUACCUCAUCAACGUCAAUUGGCAUCGCCGGCGGUAGCAGUAGCAACUCCCACCUGGCCACUGGAGGCAGUGGAAUCAAUGGAAUCGCUGGAAUCGCCGGCUCCGAGGCAGGCGGUUGGAUGUGCCAUUGUUGUAAUUUAAUUGCACGUCGCUGCUUUGGCAUCAACGUUCGACGUUGUGUCCUGGCGCUCCUGGCCAUUACGAUGGUUAGCAUUUUCUACUACACGCAUUAUGUCGAUACGGGCGUGUUUAAUGGUCUUAUCCAACGCGACACUCAUCCCGCGCCCAUCAUCAACUGCCGCAUGAUCAACUCUGGUGGCAAACACAUCCGGAAUGCCUCCCCAGCUCCCGACCAUCGUUCCGAGGCUCGAUUACGGAUCGAUCCCAAGGUUCUCGUUUUUGUGGAGACCACAUAUUCCGGUCUGGGCAGGGACAUUGCCGAGCUGCUCGUCUACAAUCGGAUCAAAUACAAAAUCGAAGUGGCGGGCAAGAGUUUGCCAGUUCUCACCAAUCUCGACAAAGGUCGUUAUGGCGUGAUUGUGUUCGAGAACCUGGACAAAUACCUCAAUAUGGACAAAUGGAAUCGCGAGCUGCUGGACAAAUACUGCCGCGAGUACUCCGUGGGCAUUGUGGGUUUCGUGAGUCCCAGUGAGGAGACGCUGGUGGGUGCCCAACUACGCGACUUUCCGCUGUUUGUCAACACGAAUCUGAGGCUGAGAGACGCCAGCUUGAAUCCCCAGUCCUCAGUGCUGCGUUUAACACGAGCUGGUGAAACGGCUUGGGGAGCACUGCCCGGUGAUGAUUGGGCGGUGUUCCAGCAUAAUCACAGUACCUAUGAGCCGGUGGAGUGGGCUCAGCGAAACACUCAGGAAUAUCCAGCGGACAGUGUGGGUCAGGUGCAACUACCGCUGACCACUGUGCUUCAAGAUCGCGGCCAAUUGGAUGGCAUACAGCGAGUGCUAUUCGGCAGCAGUUUGCGUUUCUGGCUGCAUCGUUUGGUCUUUCUGGAUGCGCUGAGCUAUCUAAGUCAUGGUCAACUUAGUCUGAAUCUGGAGCGAAUGAUUCUAGUCGAUAUCGAUGAUAUAUUCGUGGGCGAAAAGGGCACCAGACUGCGACCAGAUGAUGUGAGAGCCCUAAUAGCGACCCAGAAAAAUAUAGCAGCCAUGGUGCCCGGUUUUCGGUUCAAUCUGGGUUUCUCGGGAAAGUACUAUCAUCAUGGCACGAGGGAGGAAAAUCUGGGCGAUGAUUUCCUGCUGCAGAACGUGCAAGAGUUCAACUGGUUCUCGCACAUGUGGAAACACCAGCAGCCCCAUUUGUACGAUAACCUAACCCUCCUGAUGGCAGAAAUGCACUUAAACUACGCCUUUGCCGUGGAUCACAACAUACCCACGGAUUCGGGUUACUCCAUAUCACCGCAUCAUUCGGGCGUUUAUCCCGCCCAUGAGCUACUGUAUUUGGCCUGGAAAAAGGUGUGGAACGUGAAGGUAACGUCCACCGAGGAGUAUCCGCAUUUGAGACCCGCUCGUUUGAGAAGAGGAUUCAUUCAUCGCAACAUUAUGGUGUUGCCCAGGCAAACCUGUGGCCUAUUCACCCACACCAUGUACAUUGAUCGCUAUCCGGGCGGCAGAGAUAAGCUGGAUGAGUCCAUACAGGGUGGCGAACUCUUCCAGACCAUUGUGUACAAUCCCAUCAACAUCUUUAUGACGCACAUGUCCAACUACGGCUCGGAUCGUCUGGCUCUGUACACAUUCCAAUCGGUGAUCAAGUUCCUGCAGUGCUGGACCAACCUGAAGUUGGCCUCAGCGCCGCCAGUGCAGCUGGCCGAGAUGUACUUCCGGCUGCAUCCGGAGGAGGUGGAUCCCGUGUGGGGUAAUCCCUGUGACGAUGUGCGCCACAAGAAGAUCUGGUCCAAGACCAAGAACUGCGAUUCGCUGCCCAAGUUCCUGGUGAUUGGGCCACAGAAAACGGGCACCACUGCACUGUACACAUUCCUAUCCAUGCAUGGCAGUAUUGCCAGCAAUAUUGCCAGUCCGGAAACCUUCGAGGAGGUUCAGUUCUUUAAUGGCAAUAACUACUAUCGCGGCCUGGACUGGUACAUGGACUUCUUUCCAUCGGAAUCGCUGCCGAACACGAGCUCACCGAUGCCCACGCAGUUGGGUUCGCCACGCUUCAUGUUCGAGAAGAGUGCCACCUACUUCGAUGGCGAGGCUGUGCCCAAGCGAACUCAUGCCCUGCUCCCACAUGCGAAAAUCGUCACGAUUCUGAUAUCGCCGGCGAAGAGGGCCUACUCCUGGUACCAGCAUCAGCGUUCCCACGGCGAUGUCAUAGCCAACAACUAUAGUUUCUAUCAGGUCAUAACGGCUGGUGACUCCGCACCGAGGGCACUGAAGGAUCUGCGUAACCGGUGCCUAAAUCCCGGCAAGUACGCCCAGCACCUGGAGCACUGGCUGGCCUACUAUCCCGCCCAGCAGGUGCACAUCAUCGAUGGCGAACAGUUGCGCCUGAAUCCCAUCGAUGUGAUGAACGAGCUGCAGCGCUUCCUCAAAAUCCAGCCGCUGCUCGAUUAUUCAAAUCACCUGCGAUACGACGUGAAGAAGGGCUUCUACUGCCAGGCCGUCAGCGAGAAGCGCAAUAAAUGCCUCGGCAAGUCCAAGGGACGCCAGUAUCCGGCGAUGGAUGAGCGCAGUGCCAAGCUGUUGCAGCGAUACUAUCUCAAUCACAAUACGGCGCUGGUGAAGCUGCUCAAAAAGCUGGGCUCGCGGCCAAUACCGCAAUGGCUCAAAGACGACCUGUCCACGGGAACGUGAUAGCAGCUGUUUGCUGGAGGAGGAGCAGCAGCAGGUGGAGGAGUAGGAGGAGGAGGAGCAGGUGGUGUCGGUGGCAUAGGAGGCACCAGGUAUCGCAAAUUGCGGGCUAAACUCAGGAAGCAGUUGCAUUGGCUGCAUGUGGCAGCCGAAAAUGCGGAGAGCGCUCAGCGACGACGGCGUCACAACUGACAGGAUGAAAAUUUGAUGGAAAUUCGAUGGAAAAUCUAUCGCACUCGUUUCCGGUUUUCACUUUUGGCAGGCGUCAGCAAAUAGAAAUUUAAUAUUAAUUGGCUAUUUAAGUUCUCCAGUUCUUCUGAGUUUAAAAGCUGCAGAAAUGUCAAGUUAUUAGUUUUCAAUUCUAUUUAUAAUCAAAAAUAGAUUUCUUUGUAUAAAUUGAGGCAUUGAUUUUAUAUGCUCAGUGUAGCUAUUGCAAACUCUCGCCGAAAGUGAAAACCGGAAAAGGGCCGGCUUAUAAACCGCUUAAAUUAGGCAGCUGCCGUAGAAAAAAGUUAAAUUAAGAUGGAAAAAAUAACAUAAUUAGUCGCCUUUAACAUGCAUAAAUCUUUUUUGUUUGUUGCUAUUGCAGCUAAUUAAUGUCACUGCAGUUGUCAGCUAAAGUUGUACAGUGUGUGAGUGCGUAUCUGUGUGGAUUUAUCUGCAAACAUUGUGUAAAUAGGCAUGACUGUGUGCAUGUGUGUGUGUGUUUGUAUGCUUGGGCAUUAUAAAUUAACAUAAAUAAUAUCAUGAGGCAUCAUGAAUAAAUGCAUAAAUGCGCUUUGUUAGUUGUUUAACGUUUAUUAGUUGGCAAUGGCGCAUUAAGCGCCUAAUUAAGUUUACGCAUAAUCCAGCACUUUCAUUAUUACUAUUACCUCAGACACCGAUUCAGCUCUCCGCAUCCUAAAGACUCGAUCAAAUAACUUUUGACAACUCCAAAAUACACAACAAUGUACGUACUACUACUAUUCACACGGCAGCCGCAGAAACUUCUGUGUACUUUAAGCAUUUCAAAUCCAUGCCACAACUGUGACUUUGUUUCAGCAGUAAAAACCAGAUAUACAUACAUACAUACAUAUAUAUAAAUCGGACUAGUACGUUAAGCAUAAGGCUGCCUCUAUCCCCUAAGUGUAUUAUAGAUGUUUUUAGCCUAAGCCUAGUGAGUAGACCCAAAAUGCGCUUGUCACAGGCCUCGAUGUAAAAGUGUAAAACUCUAGUUGUAGUUCUAACGCAGCACUAAGCAAAGCUCUAUUGUAUAGUUGGAUAUAUGCGUAAAUGUAUGAGGACUAGUUCAAGUUUAGAUUGGUAAUGCGACAAUAAUAAAAGCGAAAUUAUUGCAAGUGUAAAA